UUGCCUACGACAUGAACGUAAACAGAUAUACGUCCAAAAUGUACCUACAGAAUCAACACGUAUCUGUAUCCAAAAGUGACAUAAGAAUCUACUGGUUCAUCUUACUACUAUUGGCAGUCUCAUCAUCGUCAGAUACUGUAACCCUGACCGGGUCGUCUGAGUACGCCGUCCCUGGGACUGAGUUUACACUGACGUGUGAUGUACCAGAGGAGGCCAAUAGUGUCCAGUUUUACCGCCGUCGUGACGUCACUACUCCAGUAGGUGGUAUACAAAUAGGUGGUGACCAAUGUUACAACGUUAAAGUCAGCCCCGCCGUCCCCUGUACACCGGAUGUCUGUUCCUGUGUAACGUCUGGAGUAAGGCUUGGUACAGCGUUCCGGUGGAUCAUACAGCCACAGCAGACGGGAGACCAUGGAUCUGUGUGGUACUGUAGACGUACCAACUUUUACCUACCUAAUGGUAACAAACAAGUGGACAGUGAUGACUAUACACUCAACAUGGCAGGUAUACAUUAAAUGUUCAUAUACAAUAUGUUGUCUGUUAUGCAAGUAUGUAGUUGUAUAGUCUAUCGUGGUAGGGGAUCAUUAAUAAAGCAAUGAUAUGCAAUGUGAUACAAUACAAAUGGCGAUUCAUACAUGUUAAUUGAUAUAUAGUAACCUGCGUGUAUGAUGCGAAGUUCACAUAUAAAUGUACCUUCAUCGAAGGAUACAAAUGUUCG